UGUAUGUACAGUACCAGCCAGUUUCCGACUUCACCAUCCGCGUGCUGCAGGGUUUCAUAAGUAGCCCUCGCCCGCCCCCCAAAGUCGAACAUUCGUUCGCCGCGCUCGCCCUUCCCUUGUGCAUGGUCGCCGAAACAGCCAAUUGGCUCUUUUCCAGACUCCAACGGCCGCCGAAAAAAAAAAAUGAUGCGGCGACUCAUCCCACGAUGCGCUCCUCGCGCGACCGUCUUCCUCACACCGCGGCGCUCGCCCCUCGGGCUGCUCCAAGCCGCUCGUCAGUACAGCGCCAGCCCGGCGGCGGCACCACAGACCAAGCUGCAGGACAUUGACCCGGCGCAGCUGGUGCUCAACACGACCCCGAACCCCAAGCCGCUCAAGAAGCCCGAGGAUCUGGUCUUUGGGCGCAACUUCACAGACCACAUGCUCACCAUCGAGUGGGACCAGGCGACGGGCUGGCAGAGGCCGCACAUCACGCCGUACCAGAACCUGUCGCUCGACCCGGCCAGCUGCGUCUUCCACUACGCCUUUGAGUGCUUCGAGGGCCUCAAGGCGUACAAGGACAAGGAGGGCCGGGUGCGCCUCUUCCGGCCGGACAAGAACAUGGAGCGCUUCAACAAGUCGGCCGCCCGCAUCGCCCUCCCCACCUUCGACUCGGCCGCCCUGAUCGACCUGAUCGCCCGCUUCGCCAAGCUCGAGAGCCGCUUCAUCCCCGAGGAGCGCGGCUACUCGCUGUACCUGCGCCCGACCAUGAUCGGCACGCAAAAGACGCUCGGCGUCGGCCCGCCCGGGUCCGCCCUCCUCUUCGUCAUCGCCUCCCCCGUCGGGCCGUACUACCCGACCGGCUUCAAGGCCGUCUCGCUCGAGGCGACCGACUACGCCGUGCGCGCCUGGCCCGGCGGCGUCGGCGACAAGAAGCUGGGCGCCAACUACGCCCCCUGCAUCGUGCCCCAGCGCGAGGCCAUGAGCCGCGGUUUCCAGCAGAACCUGUGGCUGUUCGGCGAGGACGAGUACGUGACCGAGGUCGGCACCAUGAACUUCUUCGCCGCCGUCCGGAACAAGCAGACGGGCCGCAAGGAGCUCCUCACCGCCCCGCUCGACGGCACCAUCCUCGAGGGCGUCACCCGCGACUCGGUCCUCUCGCUCGCCCGCGAGCGGCUCGCCCCCGAGGGCUGGGACAUCAUCGAGCGCAAGUUCACCAUGAGGGAGCUGGACGAGGCCGCCGCCGAGGGCCGCCUGAUCGAGGCCUUUGGCGCCGGCACCGCCGCCAUCGUGAGCCCCGUCCGCGCCAUCAGCUGGCGGGGCAAGCUGGUCAACUGCGGGCUGAAGGAUCACGAGGAGUCGGGCGAGAUCGCGACCAAGAUGAAGAACUGGAUCGAGGCGCGGCAGUACGGCGAUGACGCUCACGAGUGGAGCUACGUCUGUUAGGAAAGGCGCGAAAAGACGGGGCACAUGGAUAUUCUCUUUCUUUCUUUUUUUUUUUUUUUUUUUUUUAAAAGACGGGAACAUUCGAAAGGAUGGAGAUGCUUUCUAUAUAGGUUAGCGCGGGAGUCAUUUUGAGAACCGGUUGAAUUUCUUCCGUCUUUUGGCAACCCACCGAUGCCAGUUCUGGAUGAUAAUAAUAAGAAUUAAGACUGGGGCGAAAAGUGGCCAAAAAUUGUCCGA